AUGAAUAUUUUAAACGCCUUAGAACAGCGACGCCGCGCCUUCGGGGUCGGCUGCGGUCGCCGAGUCGUGCAGGUCUCACUCGACGAGCCGGGCGUGCCGCUGGCGUCCUUCAUAGCCAAGAAGCUCAAGCCCUAUUCACGCCUACACGUGCACAGCGGAUGUGUAAACCGACUGAGGUGGCACAACGACGGGAAGACGCUGGCAUCCGUCAGCGACGACCUCACGAUUGCACUCACCAACGUCCAUGACGUCGACCCGGAUUCCGAGGGCGACGGAGGAUUGAGGGCCUUCCGCACAUCGGUCAUACCCACGCAGCACGUGGGAAACAUAUUCGGCGUCAGCUUCCUGGCGGGAGGGAGGCGCAUCGCCACGGGCGCCAGGGACUCACGGGUAUGCAUCUCGGACGUCGUCGAGCGCCAGACGGUGCACUGCUACCGCUGCCACUCGGGCAGCGUUAAGCACAUCAUCAACGACGGGCUCACGGACUUCGUCUUCUACUCCGGCAGCUACGAUGGCACGGUGCGCCAGUUCGACAUACGGGAGCCGCACUCCUGCGACGGCCACUGCCGCAACAUCAUCGUCGCAUUGGGGCGCGGGAUCGACCACAACCCGCGAGGAGUUAGGCGCAGGAAGUGCUCCUGGGCCGACGCAAUCUCGGAGGUGGACCGGUCGGCGAUGCAGAAUUGGGUGGACCUCGCCUACGCGGAGGCCGCGUGGGCCAACCAGUCGUACGACGGAACCGAAGUCAAGGCCAUCGCCAUCAACCCCGUGCAGUCGGAGCAGCUCGCUAUCGCGGCGUCCGACAGCAUGGUCCGCAUUUUCGACCGGCGCAAGCUCUCCAUGGGGCAUGCGUACAACGACGGCAUCUCGGUCAACUACACCAUGCCGAUACUCGAAGAGAUAUACAUGCCCAAGCACUUCAAGAACGACGAGACGCGCCUGUUCGCGACCUACCUGGCCUGGUCGCCGGAUGGAGAGCGGCUGGCCGUCACCUACGAAAGCGAGCACGUAUACCUGUUCGACCGGAACUUCACCAGCGUAGGGGCGAUCAACACGGGCCAUCCCGGCACAUGCGAAUUCCAGGACACCUGCGGCAACAACCGCACGACUGCGCGGAUCAGGGAGCUGGAAUCGCACUACGCGGUAUGCCGCGACAAGGCGUGCGCGCAGCGGAACGUCUCCCAGCUGCUGUACCUGCUGCUCUACCGCAACCACGUCGGCGACGCCGCGCUGUGCGAGAGCAUAGCCAAGGAGGCGUUUUUGGCGGACCCCGCGAACGCGCUGUUGCUGUUCCGACGCGUCCAGGCGUCGUUGCUGCUGGACAACUACUACAUGGCGCGCCGGCUCUGCUUCCGCGGGGCGCGGCUGUUCCCGGACCACGCCGCGCACUUCAACAAGAUACGGAGGCUAUGCCUGCUGCUGCUCAACGAGAAGAUACGGGAGAUCGCCGCCGAAGAAAUCACCUCGCUGCUCAAAUCGAUUUGCACGGCGCGCGCAAUCACGUCCCCCAACACCGACAUCUACGCGGAGCACACCAUUGAGAACAUCGCCAACGAGGGCGGCGAAAGCGACGAUGAGAUGCACGUCUCCAUCGGGGCGAGUUUCCGCUACUCGAUAUCGGGCUGGCGCAGGUGGCCGCAUCCGGAGACCUGCAUCCGCCUGGAGGAGCACCUGCGCGGCGCCGAAGGGAAGCUGGAGUUCGAGGACAGCCCCAGCCAAUCCGAGGCGGAGUCCGACGGGGAGAUAGCGGAGGUGGAGUACCAGCACGAGGUCGACAUCGACGAAGAGCACAGCAUGGUCUACCAGUUGCGCAGCGCAGCGGAUUUCUCCCCCAGGGAGCGCAGGUGGAACAUGCACCACUACGUAUGCUUCGACGCCGAUGAGGGCGGAGCGCACCCACACCGACCCGCGUACCCGUACGAGUCGUACCCCAUCCCCUACGUCCCGGAGCACGACCUCUACCGCGCCAUCGAAAACCCCAGCUGGCGGCCGGCGGGCAACUGCAGGAGGCUGUGCGGACACUGCAACUUCGGCACCGACAUUGCAGAAGUCAACUUCUGGGGCAACGACGUGAUAGUCAGCGGAAGCGCCGACGGAGCGGUGUACCUCUACGAUGUCAAGUCAGGGCGCAUUCUGGACAUACUGAACGGCCACGGGGAGAACGUCAACUGCGUGCAAGUUAACCAGCAGGGCACGCUGCUGGCGACAAGCGGGAUCGACCACUACAUCCAAGUAUGGCGUCCCUCCGGCGACUUCAAUGGCAUCACGGUAAGUGCCCAGGCAAAACCGCCACACGAUCACACCGCGUCCGCAGGAAAGCGAAGUUGA